CUUCGCAGCGAGACCUGGCGGAAAGGCGGAGAGGGCCCGAUCCCGGUGGGGCUGAGCGCUCCUGUUGCCUGCGGCAGUUCUCCUGGGCAGAGAUCGGGCUCCGCGGCGCCCAGGGAGAACCCCCUGCGGAGCGGUGGCUGGUGAUCGAUCGGAAGGUCUACGACAUCAGCCAGUUCCACAGGAGGCACCCGGGGGGAUCCCGCGUGAUCAGCCACUAUGCCGGGCAGGACGCCACGGACCCUUUCACAGCAUUUCAUCCUGACAAAACUCUGGUAAGAAAGUACAUGAAACCCCUUCUGAUAGGGGAACUGGCGUCUGAUCAGCCCAGCUUUGAACCCAGCAAAAAUAAAUUGAUAGUAGAAGAUUUCCGGGAGCUGCGAUCCACAGCUGAGAAAUUGGGACUCUUCAAGCCAAACAAACUUUACUUCUUCCUGCUUCUUCUGCACAUCCUCAUAUUGGAUGCUGCUGGCUGGUUUGUCCUCUGGCACUUUGGGAUAUCUCUAAAAACUUUCUCCAUUGCCACUGUAUUGUUGACACUUGCUCAGUCUCAGGCAGGAUGGCUCCAGCAUGACUUCGGUCACCUUUCUGUCUUCAAAAACCCAAAAUGGAACCGCAUUCUUCAGGAGUUUGUCAUGUGCCAUCUGAAGGGGCUUUCAGCCAACUGGUGGACUUUGCACCAUGCCCAACAUCAUGCGAAGCCCAACUGUUUCCCAAAAGAUCCAGAUCUUACUUUUCAUCCCAUGUUGUUUUCCUUAGGGAAACCUCUCUCUUUAGAGCUGGGUAUGCAGAAAAAGAAAUACAUGCCGUACAAUCAUCAGCACAAGUACUUCUUCAUCACAAUGCCACCAAUUGUAAAACCUCUAUUUCAGAUUUACUCAUUGUACUUCAUAUUCAAGCGCAAACUAUGGCGGGAAAUGGCAUGGAGCAUGGCUUACUUUGUCCGUUUCUUUAUUGCCUUUGUGCCCAUAAUGGGUCUGAAGGGCGCUAUGGGAUAUAUUCUCCUGCUCAACAUUCUGAAAAGUGUCUUGUUCACGUGGAUCUCACAAAUGAACCAUAUUCCUAUGCACAUUGAUUAUGAUAGAAACUUGGACUGGUUCUCUACCCAGUCUCUCUUCCCUCCUUCCCCUCUCCUGUGA